AUGAAUAGGGCAAUUGAAGUACUGUCUCCAGCCUCCUAUCUCCAAAAUUCCAACUGGUUGUUCCAGGAAAGCAAGGGAGCAGGAUGGACUGCUGAAGAGAACAAGCUGUUUGAGAAUGCUUUGGCUUACUAUGAUAAGGACACCCCAGAUAGAUGGAUGAGGGUGGCAGCCAUGAUUCCAGGGAAAACUGUUGGUGAUGUGAUUCAACAGUACAGAGAACUUGAGGAAGAUGUGAGUGUCAUUGAAGCAGGUUUGAUCCCAGUUCCUGGAUAUACUACGAGUUCUUUCACAUUGGACUGGGUUAACAGCCAAAGCUAUGAUGAGUUCAAGCAGUUUUGUAGUGUUGGUGGGAAAAGAGGUGCAUCCACUAGGCCAUCUGAGCAGGAAAGGAAGAAAGGAGUGCCAUGGACUGAAGAAGAGCACAGGCAAUUUCUGCUGGGUCUCAAGAAAUAUGGUAAAGGGGAUUGGAGAAACAUAUCAAGGAACUUUGUGACCACAAGGACACCCACUCAGGUUGCAAGUCAUGCUCAGAAGUACUUCAUCAGGCAGCUUAGUGGAGGGAAGGACAAGAGGAGAUCCAGUAUCCAUGACAUCACAAUGGUCAAUCUUCAAGAAACAAAAUCUCCUUCAUCAGACACUACCAGGCCUUCUUCACCACUAAAGAAUCAGAAAUUGUCUAGCAUGGUACCGGUUAAGCAGGAAUAUGACUGGAAAUUGCCAUGUGAGGGCAUGCCUAUUGUUUUCAAUUCAGCAAAUGGAAACAUGUUCAUGGCAGCACCACUGCAUGGGAUUUCUUCAUAUGAGUCUAGACCACAGGAGCAUAAUAUACUUAGACAAUCUCCAUGGAUGCCAGUUUUCACCUGGUGA